AAGUCCUAAUUCAUAAUCCAACAAUGACAAAGAAAUAUUAUCCUUAAUAAUCUCAUUAUCAUAGACUAUCUUACGCAAAUAAUUAUAAUUAUCCAAAUUUAAUUCUGUUAAUGUAACAUUCCUUAUCUUUGAUAUGAUAUCAAGCAAUUCAAAAAAAUAUGUCUCACCAUAUGUUGAAACUGUUUCUCUAAGAUAUUUUAACUACUAGCUUGAAUUUUUUAAAAUUUACAAAAAUAUAUUUAUAAAUGGUGGAGCCUUAAAUGAUGAUGUUAAAUAAGCAUUAAUAACAGGAGAUCCUAAACAAAGCUGGAAAAAUAUUCCUAAGAAAUAUAUAAAAAUAAUACACCAGGCUUUCCUAAAUAUAUUUAACUUCAUCAGAGAUAUUCAUAAAAAUUUCUAUAGGUUCGGCGUAUAAAUUAAAAAAUUAAGGUUAAUCAGCUGAAUUUUAAUUAAAAUUUUCAAGAAAUUGCAAGUUUAUUGGAUUUUUACUUUUGUUUGAAGAUAAAUCUUAUAAAUAAUAUGAAUAAUUAUUAAAAAAGGAUAUUUAGUGUUUUUUUCAGAUCAAAAAUAUUUCAAAUAUGAAUAAAAAAGAAAUGAAUGAAAACAGAAGGUUUCAUCAUCCUUUUAAACCUUACAAGAUUCAAUGUGAGUUCAUGGAGGCUUUAUAUUCAACAAUUGAUGCGGGAGGAAUUGGUAUUUUUGAGUCACCUACGGGAACAGUAAGGUUGGAAGAGUUUAAAAAGAUAAAGUAAAAAUGAUAGGGAAAAUCAUUAAGCAUUAUUUGUGGAGCAAUGGAAUGGCUUAGAAAACAUGAAGAAUUAUCAGUAAAUGAAGAAGAGAAUGAUGAACCAGAGUGGAUUAUUAAAUAUGAAAUUGAAAAAAAAAAAGAAUCAAUUAGAAUAAAAAAAAAGGAAAUAGAGGAAAAAUUAGAGAAAAUUAGAAAAGAAGAGAUAAAGAGUAUGAACUUAGAAAAAAAUAGGAAGAAUUUUAUUAAAAAAAAACGAUUAGAUAAAGAAAAGAAUAUAAAUGAAGAGUGGGAUGAUGAAGAAUUUUUGAUAGAUGAUUAUAAUAGCGAUAAUGAAUCUUCUAAAUCAUUUCACGCAAAAUCUAUUGAUAGUAAUAACUUUUCGCCUCAAGUAUUACAAUUAUUACAAAAACUUGAAUACCCGAUUGAAAACAAUAAUUUUAUAGAUGAAGAUGAAUAUCCUGAGGAAACUAAGAUUAUCUAUGCAUCACGAACACAUUCUCAAUUGACACAAUUUAUUAAUGAGUUAAGACGUGUUUCAUUUCCAUCUACAUUUGAUGAAAAUACCAUACAACCAAUAAAACAUAUAACAUUAGCGUCACGUAAAAAUCUAUGCAUUAAUCCUAAGGUUUUAGAACUUUCUAAUAUUAAUUCAAUAAAUGAAAAAUGCAUUGAGCUUCAAAAGCAUGAAACUACUGAGCAAGGUAGAUGUAAAUAUCUUCCCAAAAAUGACAAGACAAAAAUACACAAUUUUAGAGAUCAUGCACUAGCCAAUAUUCGUGACAUUGAAGAUCUUGUCGCAUUAGGCCAAGAAUUAGAAAUAUGUCCAUAUUAUUCAUCAAGAACUGCUCUCAAACUAGCAGAGAUAAUUACUUUACCAUAUCCUCUUCUUUUACAAGCAUCUGCUCGUGAAACACUAAACAUAUCUCUUAAAGAUCAUAUAGUUAUUAUAGAUGAAGCACAUAAUUUAAUAGAUGCUAUAACAUCAAUACAUUCAAGUACAAUAACAUCAGAUCAAGUUUCAUUAGCUUUGGAUCAAAUUAAUGUUUAUCUUUCUAAAUUUAAUAAAAGACUUAAAGGAAAAAAUAAGGUUUACAUAAAACAAAUAAAAAAAUUAUUGCAAAAUAUAAAUGAUUUUAUGAAGCAAAGAUUUAAUAUUCUCGGAGAUAUUCAGGUUGAACAGUCUGAAUUACUAUUUUCUGGAGGAGCAGAUCAAGUAAACAUAUAUAAAUUAGAAAAAUAUAUAAAAAAUAGUGGAUUGGCCAGGAAAAUAGAUAGUUAUUUUGAAAAAAAAUCUAAAAAUAUAUCAGAAAAAGAAAAAGACAACGAAGACAGCAACGUAUCCAAAUUACCAGUCCUUUCUUAUAUCCAAACAUUUCUUUUAAAUCUAACAAAUCCUUUUACGGAAGGAAAGUUAUUUUUUGGACAUAUAGAAGGAGCCAAAAUUAAUAACAAAACAAAGACGAACUGUUAUUUGAAAUAUUUGCUUCUUAAUCCAUGUCAUUAUUUUAAAGAAAUAGUUGAUGAAGCAAAAGCAGUAAUUCUUGCAGGUGGAACAAUGGAACCUAUGGAUGAUUUCAUUUACCAACUUUUCCCUUACAUGCCAAAAGAAAAAAUUCAUAAAUUUUCAUGUGGACAUAUUAUAUCGCCAAAUAAUUUGUGUGCUAUAGUAAUAUCUACUGGACCUAGCAGAAAAGAAUUCAUAUUUAAUUAUGAAAAAAGAAACGAUAAUGAUAUGUUAAACGAGCUUGGUAGUACUUUAAUAAAUUUAUGCAGAGUUAUACCAGAUGGAGUGAUUUGUUUUUUUCCAAGUUAUGAUUAUUUAGAAAAUAUAAUUAAAAAAUGGAAUAUAAAACAGGAAGGCACAAAAUUUUCUAUAUGGGAAAGGCUUGAACAAAAAAAAAGAAUUUUUAAAGAAGAAAAGUUUUCGACAAAUAUUGAAAAUAUAUUACAAAGUUAUUCCAACGCAAUUGAUUCCUCAAAUACAUCAACAUGCAACGGUGCACUUCUUUUAUCUGUUGUCAAUGGUAAAUUAUCAGAAGGAAUUAAUUUUUCCGAUAAACUUGGACGAGGUGUAAUUAUUAUAGGUCUUCCUUUCCCAAAUAAUCAAAGCUCUGAAUGGAAAGCUAAACUAGAAUUUAUUGAAAAUAAUUUUUAUCAAUAUUUUAAAGAUAAUCCAGACAUUCAAAAAGCUUCAAUUCAGGAAUCUCUCAAGUCUAUUAAAAAAGAAUAUUAUGAAAAUAUUUGUAUGCGUUCUGUAAAUCAAUCAAUAGGCAGAGCUAUAAGACAUCAAAAUGAUUAUGCUGCUAUCAUUUUUAUAGAUAAACGUUACGAAUCUCAACACAUACGCAAUAAAAUUCCUAAAUGGAUAAAAGAUAAUAUUAUUUCAAUGGACACUACAAUGAAAGGCAAUUUUGGAUUAACUUUAAAACAUAUUAUAGAUUUUUUCAACAAAAAAUAA